AUGCAUCUCCUCUCCUUGCUGGCGCUGCUCCCCGCAGCCCUCGCCAACUCGCUGAACGUCCGCGCGACGGCCUGCAACAACUCGCCCGAUCUCUGCGACAAGUCCUACGGCGACAUCACCCACCUGGGCGCCCACGACAGUCCCUUCGUCGGCAGCUCGUCGUCGGACAUGUCCCUAGCCAGCAACCAGUACUACGAUACCCCGACCCAACUCAGCGCCGGUGUCCGUCUCGUCUCCGCACAAGUACACAAGAGCAACUCGCAAUGGCGACUCUGCCACUCAGACUGCAACCUGAUGGACGCGGGUUUGCUAAGUGACUGGCUCGGCGAUAUUAAAGAGUGGCUGGACGACAACCCCAAUGAAGUCGUAACAAUUCUCCUGGUAAACUCCGAUUCCGCCUCCGCCUCCGACCUCAACAUCGAGUUCAAAAACGGCAACAUAACCUCCUACGCCUACGAGCCAGACUCCCUAACCUCCGCGCCAACCACCUGGCCCACCCUCCAAAAAAUGAUCGACUCCGGCAAACGCCUCGUCGUCUUCGUCCCCGGCCUCACAGCCUCAGACAGCUACCCUUACCUGAUGAACGAGUGGACCUUCAUGUGGGAAAACAAUUACGAUGUUUCCUCCCCCUCGGACUUCUCCUGCGAAGCCAACCGCCCAACAACCGACACCGCAACCGCCCUCGCCUCCAACAAACUUCCUCUGAUGAACCACUUCCUCUACUCAACCGACCUCUCCGAGAUCGGCAUCGAGUACCCCAACUCCAGCUACGUGUCCACCACCAACGCGGCCUCCGGCGGCGUCGGGAACCUCGGCACCACCGCGAGCAAGUGUAAGAAGCAGUGGGGUCGUCAGCCAACCUUCAUUCUGGUGGAUUUCUUCAAUCGUGGACCGGCGAUCGACACGGUGGAUAAUCUGAAUAAUGUUACGAAUGCCGUUGGUCGGACGUCGGUUUCGUCUUCGUCGACUUCGUCGAGUGAUGGGGCUACUAUCAAUAAUGUCUUUAAAGGUCUUGUUGAGUUGGCGAAUUCGGCGAAGGAGGGGGCGACGCCGUCGAUGGGGAAUUGGAUUUGGGUUGGGGGGAACUGGAAUAGUAUCCUGGGUGGUGGUAUUCCCAUGAGCUGA